CGAUACUUUUGCUUUCAUUUCCCGGGAAGCGCCCAUGAUCGUGAAGUAAUGAACAGCACCAUCAAAAUGUCAGCUGAGACGGAUGAACAGUGGUUAAGUGAGACGGAGGUGGAUGAGCCAAUGGACACCUCAGACGACAUAUAUCUAUUUUCAGCAAACCCUGACGACCUUGCAGCUGAGGUUCAGAGGACUUCAGUAAUGAAUGUAGAGGGAAUUCAAGUUGCUGCCUUUCUGGAGUGGUCAGAACAACAUGGACCACAACAACACAGACUGAAAAAAGCAGAGCUACAGAAAGCUCUUCAGUCUUGGCUCAACAGAAACAACAAAAAUGUGACUUGCAAUGUUUUAACUGUCACACCAGAUGGAAGAGCUGAUAUAAUGAUUAAACCCACUUCAGCCCUGAAUGAGCUUGUCUCACAGGAAAUUGAACUAAGCUUCAAAGACCAGACAACGGCCAUACUAAAGAAUUUUAGUAUCUCAGUAUCAAAGCCGGAAACUCAAAUACCAGGCAGUAACUCAGUGGAUGUUCCUUUUCUGUUUCAAGCUGCUGCACAAGAUGAGAAAGUCCAAGAGCAGGGACUUAGCACAGCUGCUGCUGCCACAGGACAGGAGACAAUCAGGUGCACUCUUUCACCGAGCCACUUCUGGUACGUGAGCCAGGCCUACAAGGAGGAAAUGAGACGUAUCGAGAGGAAGCAUGGGGUUCAAAUCAUGGCUGAUGUAAACGUGUCCUUUGUAGCAAAGCAGGGAGCUGGAGGAGAUCCAGACAGUGCCUUUAAUGAGUUUACAAACCUUGUCCAGACAUGCUUAGGUAAUUCCAGUGGCACCACGAUCCCUCUUCGGCAUGCAGAUCCUGAUGGCUGGAAGGACACACUGAAAGUCACUCAGGCAAACGAGGCCAAGCUUGUACUUUCUGUGUCCUCUGAUGAAAUAACUGUGUAUGGGCCAAGCAAGAGCCAAGAUCAUGUCCUUAGAGUCUUAAAAACACCACAGACAACUUCAGACGACUUCAUAAAUGGUGACAAUUUGUUUGGAGCAACUGCAUGGGAAUCUCAUGACGCGUUACAGAAGAUUGACAAAGGUAUUAACGAUCCUCUGGUCUCUGCUGGACUAACCAUAGAUGAGAGCCACUGGAAUGGGAUGACCACUGUCUUUGAUAAGAAAAUAGCACAGAUCGUGGCUAAAUUUGAUGUGGUGUUUGAACCACUGAAGAUCUCUCAGGGUAAAGUCAAUGUGAAAGCUCGUGCUGCAAGCACCGUAGGAGCUUUUUCCCUUGAGAGCCAUGCCCUCAGAGCUCUUCAGUGCCUCUACCAGAAGGUUGCAACAUCAACCAUGAGCUGCCCCCUGCUGGCCCCUGACCUGCCCCAAGAUGCAGGAGAAAAGCUGAAGAAGUUUCUUUCUAAACACCCUGGGGUUCAAGUAGGAGGGAAAUCAGGUGCCUGGAGAAUCUCUGGCUUACCAGAAACCUUGGGUCCUGCUGUUGAUGAGCUAGAGAAGAUUUUAGGUGGACCUGUCCUGAAAGAGGAGGACAAGCAGAGGAUUCAGUACUCAAGGCACACUACAUCUAAUGGUGGAGCAGUAAUGGAAGGGGGAGCUACAGCAGGAAGUACGACAGGAGGGAAUGAAGAAGAAGAUACGUGUUCUAUUUGCAUGGACACAUUUACCAACAAGAAAAAGAUCAAAUGUUCUCAUGAAUUUUGUGAGGAAUGCCUGACACAGUUAGUGAAUAGCAUGGGACCCAUCUGUCCCUUGUGUAAAACUGUCUUUGGGAAGAUGGAGGGAGACCAGCCUGAUGGAACUAUGUCAUGGAUUGCACAUCGUCAUCCCCUCCCUGGAUUUCCAGACUGUGGCUCAAUAGUCAUCACUUACAAUAUUCCAAGUGGAACACAGAUGGCGAAACAUCCUAACCCUGGACAGCCCCAUAUUGGUGUAAUAAGAGCAGCUUAUCUACCAGACAACCGAGAAGGCAGAGAGGUGUUGCAACUGCUGCGCAGAGCUUUUGAUCAGAAACUGAUAUUCACUGUUGGGACCUCCAGAAACACCGGGGGGUCGGACCAGGUGAUCUGGAACGACAUUGAGCACAAGACCUACACUUAUGGAGGACCACUGAAAUUUGGAUACCCUGACCCCGGUUACCUGGGCAGAGUGAGAGAGAAGCUGAAGGCGAAAGGCAUCGAGUGAAGACUGUUCAUAGUAGCUCACAUAGCUCACAAGGGAUGGCUGCAUGUCUCAUUUAGACCGGGGUGUAAUAUUUUCAGAAUGGUUAUUGGAAAUUCAAAAUAAUAUACUGUGUGCUGUCUCCUCUCCAAUGUUUUUUUAAUUUAUUAUUAUUUUUUAAUCAUCAUAAGCACGUAAGGACUGCUUUGUUGUAUUUGUUUACUUGACAGCAUUAACAGCUAGAGUACAUGCUCUCAAAAUCAGAAUCAGUGUCAGAAAUACUUUAUUGAACCCUGAGGGCAAAUUGGAUACUAUGUAGUAUGCUAUGUAGUAUUUGCUUUCAUUUAUUACUGCAUACUUCUUCUUUAAUGAAUGGCUUUUUUGCAUGCAUACAUUUAAUUUGUGUUAUGGGUCAUUGCCUAAUUUACAGGAUGUGAACAGCUAUCUAAUAAACGAUUGAACUCACACUGACCAAUCAACACUUGAGUCAUAACUAUAUAUGCACAGCUUGCAAACAAAGGACAAAAGGCUUCUUCCUUUCUGUACAAUUUUUGAAAAUUUUAUUUAUAACAAUAUCUGUUAUUUAGUUUGUAAAGUACUCCAGCAAAAAUUAAACAUUAUUCUCUUUCCAGAAGAAAGUCUGAGCCUCCAUGCAUUGUGUACUAUAAAAGCUAUGUCAUUUUUCAUUAAAAAAAAAAAAAAACAA